AUGCUUGAGUCUUCAGAACAUCCCGAUGAAUAUGAUAAAGUGGCGAUACUCGACGCCGGCUCUCAGUAUGCAAAAGUGAUUGAUCGUCGUGUGCGCGAGCUGUCCGUUUAUUCCGAAUUGGUGCCUUUGCAAACACCGGUCACUGAAUUAUUAUCACGUCAAUAUAAAGCUAUUAUCAUUUCCGGUAGUCCUGGUUCAGUCAACGAUCCAACUCCAGUCUAUUAUGAUCAAAAGCUAUUCGAAUGUGGUUUACCUAUCUUAGGUAUUUGCUACGGAUUACAAAUGCUAAAUAAACAACGCGGUGGAACGAUUGUUCGACAAGCAGUUCGAGAAGAUGGACAAUUUCAAGUAGAACUCAACAAUACCGACUGUCCACUAUUCAAAAAUAUGUCGAAAUUGGAGAAUGUUUUACUAACACAUGGUGAUAGUAUUGAUAAACUUGGAGAGAACUUAGUAUCGAUUGGUAAAAGUGAAUCAUUCAUUGUUGCUUGUGCAGAUAAAGAAAAACCAAUCUAUGGUGUUCAAUUUCACCCUGAGGUCGAUCUAACAGAUAACGGCAUGCAAAUAUUCAAAAACUUCCUCUUCGACAUUGCACAUUGUCGUGGAACAUUUACCAUGGGUAGUCGAAUUGAUGAAGCAUUCACUAGUAUUCGAUCGUUUGUCAAAGAUCAGAAUGUGUUUGUUCUAUGCAGUGGAGGAGUUGAUAGCAGCGUCUGUGCCGCUCUAUUAACACGUGCAUUGCCCCCGGAACAAGUGAAAAUCGUCAGUAUUGACAAUGGAUUUCUUCGACAUGAUGAAAGUGUAGAAAUUCGUCAGACAUUAUCACAAUUUGCCGCUGUGAAUUACAUUGAUGCUACUCAACGCUUCGCCCAAGCCAAAACAUUCGUUCGCGCUAAAGCAACAUCUGAUUCCAGUGUUAACACUCAACAACACGCUUCAAUUUCAUCAAACUUUUUAAGUUUAUACGAUGCUGAUGUUUUACUAGAAGAAACAUUACCAUUGAACGAAGAAAUCGAUCCUGAACACAAACGAAAAAUCAUUGGCGACACAUUCGUCAAAGUCGUUCAAGAAUUUCUUCGCGAUAACAACUAUACAUUCGAUGACAUCAUUUUAGCACAAGGUACAUUGAGACCUGAUUUAAUUGAAAGUGCUUCUCAUCUUGCCUGUCAAAGUGGUCAUGCUGAUGCAAUCAAAACUCAUCAUAAUGAUUCACCAAUGGUUCGCGAAUUACGUAAACGGAAUCGAGUCAUCGAACCACUGAAAGAUUUCCACAAGGAUGAAGUCCGACAAAUUGGUUUAACAUUAGGCUUACAUCGUGAUGUCGUUUUCCGACAUCCUUUUCCUGGACCUGGUUUAGCCAUACGAAUCCUAUGUGCGGAUGAACCAUAUAUGCCAAAUGAACAGUUCGCCCAAACCUCAACAUUGCUACGAACCAUCGUUACAUACUCAACAAUGGUUGAAAAACAAUAUGCACUGCUGCCAACAUUGGACAAAAUAUUUACAGAGAACGAAAAAACACUAUUGAAAACAUUAACAUCAUCCAACAAGCACGAUUAUACUUCGGUGGUGUUACCGAUUCGCAGCGUUGGUGUUCAAGGUGAUGCUCGUACGUAUAGUUUUGCUGCUGCGAUUAGCUCCAACGAUGAGAAACCCAACUGGAACGAAUUGUUCAUUCUUGCUCGUUUGAUUACAAAAGCGUGCCAUCAUAUCAAUCGAGUUGUGUAUGUUCUUGGUAAAAAAAUUCUCGAUGCUGAAAUUACUCAAGUGACACGUACGUCUUUAACCCAAGACAUUGUCGACAAAGCCCGAGCAUGCGAUUACCAUGCUAUGAUGAUCAUGAAACGUCACCAAGCGUACAGUGCAAUAAGUCAAAUGCCGGUUGUGCUGAUUCCAAUUCAAUUCGACCGGCAAAUUUAUUUAAAUCAUCAUGAAGAAAUGAAUAGUAAUUCCACUGAACAGAUUAACGAACGAAUCAUUCCACUCACUCGUCUUCGAUCGAUUGCUAGUAGCUUUCAACAUUCCGUUGUUUUACGUACUUUCGUGACGAAAGAUUUUAUGACUGGAAAGCCAGCUACGCCCGGUGAAACGUUUCCGUUAGAAAUGCUCGAUGAAAUAUGUGAAACAAUCAAAACGAAUGUUCCCGGUAUAAGUCGAAUUCUCUACGAUUUAACAUCUAAACCACCAGCAACAACUGAAUGGGAAUAA